AUGUCUAAUGAAGUGGCAGAAAAACUGAAACAAAAUUUGAAAAGCCAGGUAUUCUUGGACAUUGACCAACUGGAGGGAAAGAAGACGAUCGUGUGGCAGAAUGAUGUUCUCCGGAAGAUUGACUUGGUAUUAUUUUUACAAUUAUAACUUCAUAACUUUAUGUAUCUUAACGUUGCUCAAAGCUUUAACUUCUUUAUUAGUAGCGUAGUAUAACUGUUUCAGUUGAUCGGAGCUACUGAAUUCUCAGAACACCAUGUAUCGCGCCACAUUUUGAUGCCGUCCAAUUUCGAUAAAGGAAGCGUUUUAAAUGUGGAAGGCACUAACAAUGUGGUUUUUGUUGUAGCACCGACGAAACAGGUCUUCACUGUGCUGAAAGGGAUCUUGCUGGUCAAGAAAACAGGAGUGUCGUACCAUGUUCGAGUUGUUACUAAACCGUCGACACAGUUAACUGACAUUAUCAUGGGGGACAGCAAUGCAGAACGGAAGAUCAAGACUUUCAAGUUAUGGCCGUUCUUUUGGGCGCCGAGUUUUGGAGAUUUUGUGUUGAAUACCUUUUCCAUCGACCCUAUCAAGUUGUUUUUGCAGGAUGACUUUGAUUUGAUACGACUGUGUUCUGGAGGUUUUGGUGAACUGGGCAAAAUACCAGUUGUACGAUACAAAGGACGAUGGGCUGAGAAGAUUGUCAAAAGCAUUAAGAAUGAUACGGUAUGUUUUCUUUUUUACUUGUUUUUCUUAAAAAGUAUACAUUUAUGUUGUUGUAGGGAAAGACUGGUGUUUUGUUCGACGAAUUGAUUGUAGUGGACAGGGAAGUUGAUCCACUGACUCCGUUCUUAAGUCAGUACUCGUUUUCUGGCAUCAUGGACGAUAUGUUCGGCAUUGACGUCAAAAGUGAGCGGAUUACAGUAAUAUAUAAUUUUAACUUUUAGAUAACAUAAAAGUGCCUAAAGAAGUGUUGGAACGGAAAGAAUUCGUGACAAAUGCAACAAAUAAAGAUGGAGUAGAAAUAAAGCUGGGUAACGACGCAUAUAAGGAUGUUAUACACUUGUCGUUAAAAGAUGCAGUUGCAAAGAUCAGAAGCGUGUUUAAGGAACUUUCUGUAAUUGAAAAUGUAAGUAGCUGCUGAUUUUGAGUAUUUCUUAUUUAAGACGCACAGCCAGUUAAAUUCCGUCAAUGAUUUCAAGAAUUACAUGCCUGCGCUACAACAACUGUCACAGAAGAAGGAGAAGGUAGCAGAGAUUUUACAUCUGCUUACUAUCGCCUACUGUAGAAAUGCCCAGUUUAGUCAGAAAACAUUAUACGAGUUUGAAAGAUGUAGGUUUGAAUUCAGUUUCCAAUAUUAGACUUCUUAUAAUAAUAUAAUGUAAUGUUGCUGUUGCAGCUGUGUUACAUGGCGAAGUUAGUGCGAGUACUGUAUCACCUGUGAUUGAGAUGAUGCUAGUCAAAGGUGGUGAUUCUGAGGAUGGUUUAAAGACGAUGAUGCUAGUAGUCAUUCAAUCUUUAGUAAACAGUGGUCUGCAGCCAAGAGUAUGGAAUGAGUAUCAACGGAUGGCAGUGCAGGUAAGGCUACUAUUGUGUAUUUUAAUAUCUUUAGUCAUACGGAAUUGAAGCCAUAAAGUGGUGUUUGAAUCUAGAGACGGUCGGAUUAGUUAGCGAUGUCAAUGACAAAACAUCCAAGUACAAUUGGAUCCCGAACGAACUUAAGAAACUGCGAGUGUUGGCAGAUCCAGAACAGGUACGCGUAUAAAUGGUGGCUUUAUACAUCUUUCAGGAUAAGAAAGCCGACUUCUAUUCGGGAUAUGUGCCAUUGCUGGUCAGAGUGCUAGAGAAAGGAAUCCGAGACAAUUGGAAGUCAUUCGAUUGCAUCGACCCUGACGAGUUUUCAUCUGUGAGUACGUUAUCGAGGAGAACAGCUUUGUUCGUCAUUGGUGGAUUAACCAGGGCAGAACUAGCCUGUUUAAAGUCUCUUGACUUCAGAGCAGUCUACAUCACGAACAUCUUACAAUCUAAUGAUCUUAUUCAGCUUUGCAAGUACAAGGAGUAA